AUGCACUCGGGUAGUCCCCACGAAACCCCUUCAUCCAAACAUCCCCAUCCCCAUUCCACUUCAACCUCAUCAUCUCGCCACUCGUUUCAUCGCAAGCUUGUUUGCCACAGGCGAAUGGAGUUGUAG